AUGUCCUACCUGUCCAAGGAUUUCGACGAGGCUGCAUAUGAUCCCUAUGCUUACCCUGGCAACUAUGACAUGCACACAGGAGACCCAAAGCAGGACCUAGCCUAUGAACAACAAUAUGAGCAGGAGACCUAUCAAGUAAUUCCAGACGUGAUCAAGGAUUUCAUCCAAUAUUUCCAUAAAACCGUCUCCAACCUUAUCGACCAGAAAGUGUAUGAGCUCCAGGCAAGCCGGGUGUCCAGCGACGUUAUCAACCAAAAGGUGUAUGAGAUCCAGGGCAUCUAUGAGAACAGCUGGACCAAGCUGACUGAAAGGUUCUUCAAGAAUACCCCCUGGCCAGAAGCAGAGGCCAUUGCCCCACAAGUUGGCAACGAUGCUGUCUUCUUGAUCCUGUAUAAGGAACGUUAUUACAGAAACAUCUAUGCCAAAGUCAGCAGCGGGUCUUCCUUGGAACAGAGGUUUGAGUCCUAUUACAACUACUGCAACCUUUUCAACUACAUUCUCAAUGCUGAUGGACCUGUCCCCCUUGAACUGCCCAACCAGUGGCUGUGGGAUAUCAUUGAUGAAUUCAUCUACCAGUUUCAGUCAUUCAGUCAAUACUGGUGGAAGACGGCUAAAAAGUCAGAUGAGGAGAUUGACUUUCUUUAUUCCAACCCCAAGGUCUGGAAUGUCCACAGCAUCCUCAAAGUGCUUCAUUCCCUUGUAGACAAAUCCAACAUCAACCGGCAGCUAGAAGUCUACACCAGUGGAGGUAACCCUGAGAGUGUGGCUGGUGAGUAUGGCCAGCACUCCCUUUACAAGAUGCUUGGCUACUUCAUCCUGGUGGGGCUGCUCUGGCUCCACUCUCUUGGGGAUUACUACCAGGCUAUCAAGGUGCUGGAGAACAUUGAGUUGAACAAGAAGAGCAUAUAUUUCCAGGUGCCUGAAUGCCAGGUCACCACCUAUUACUAUGUGGGGUUUGCCUACUUGAUGAUACUCCGGUACCAGGAGUUUUUUUUUUUUGCCAACAUCCUGCUCAGCAUGUUUCAAAGAACAAAAUACAAAUAUGAGAUGAUCAACAAGCAGAAUGAGCAAAUGCACGCCCUGCUAGCUAUUGCCCUGACCAUGUACCCCAUGCUCAUUGAUGAGAGCAUCCACCUGCAGCUCCGAGAGAAGUAUGGAGACAAGAUGCUACGCAUGCAGAAGGGGGACCCCCAGGUAUAUGAGGAGCUCUUUAGCUACUCCUGCCCCAAGUUCCUGUCUCCCAUCAUGCCCGACUACAACAACAGGCACCCCAACUACCACAAGGAGCCCUUCCUGCAGCAGCUGAAGGUGUUUGCAGAUAAGGUACAGGAGCAGGCCCAGCUGUCCACCAUUCACAGCUUCCUGAAGCUCUAUACCACCAUGCCCGUGGCCAAGCUGGCUGGUUUCUUGGACCUCACUGAACAGGAGUUCCGUAUCCAGCUGCUGGUCUUCAAACACAAGAAUGAGAACCUGGUAUGGACGAGUGGCAUCUCUGCCCUGGAUGGAGAGUUCUAGUCAGCAUCCAAGUGGACUUCUACAUCGACAAAGACAAUCCAUAUUGCAGAUACCAAGAUGGCCCACUGCUAUGGAGAUGUCUUCAUCCGACAGAUCCAUCAAUUUGAGGAGCUCAAUCGAACCCUAAAGAAUAUGGGCCAAAGACCCUGAGUGGACACCAUCUCACCACAUUCAUCUAGAACUCCUGAGGAUGUUGAUGUCCAGGAGG